AUGAAGGACGCACUUUCUGUUUUGUGUCUUGUUCUUCUGGUUUCGGUUUUAGAAGCAGCAGAAACGAAACCCAAUCCCGCAAACUUCAUCGAAUGCCUUCGCUAUCGGACUAGUCCGGAGUAUCCAAUCACCGAUGCCAUCUUCAUCGCCGAUAACACCACCACCUUCUUGUCUUCUUACUUGUCCUACACGAAAAACAAGAGGUUCUUGAGCCCUAACUACGAAAAGUUACUAGCCAUCGUGGCGGCGAAACAUGUAUCUCAUAUUGAGGCCACGGUGAUCUGCGCAAAGUCCAACGGUGUACAGCUCCGUACCCGAAGCGGCGGUCAUGACCUCGAAGGCCUUUCUUAUAGAUCGUCUGUGCCAUUUGUCAUUCUCGAUAUGCACAAUCUCAGGUCAAUUACUGUUGACGUGUCAAGCAAGAAAGCUUGGGUUCAAUCUGGUGCGACCUUGGGAGAGCUCUACGUAAAGAUCAGUGAAGCGAGCCAAACGCUAGCGUUUCCGGCUGGCGUUUGCCCUACCGUAGGAGCAGGAGGACACAUAAGCGGUGGUGGGUACGGAAAUCUGCUGAGAAAAUACGGACUCACGGUGGAUCAUGUCGGUGAUGCUCAAUUAGUCGAUGUUAACGGUAAGCUCUUGAAUCGAGCUACCAUGGGAGAAGAUCUCUUUUGGGCGAUUCGCGGCGGUGGCGGUGGGAGUUUCGGAGUUAUCCUCUCUUGGAAAAUCAACCUCGUCGAGGUUCCAAAGAUCAUGACCGUGUUUAGGGUUAACAAAACUCUGGAACAAGGAGGCACUGAUGUGCUAUACAAAUGGCAGCUUGUCUCUACCAAAUUCCCUGAUGAUCUUUUCAUGAGAGCAUGGCCUCAGGCCGUAAAUGGAACAAAACGCGGCGAGAGAACCAUCGCGGUUGUAUUCUAUGCUCAGUUCUUGGGUACAGCAGAUAAGCUGAUGUCGAUAAUGAAACAGAGCUUGCCUGAAUUAGGGCUAAAACGUAAAGAUUGUCACCAGAUGAGCUGGUUUAACACGACGUUGUUUUGGGCCGAUUUUCCGGCAGCUAAGAUCUACGGAACAAAGUAUUUUUUGGGAAAUUUGCAGAGAUUGAUGCAAGUUAAAGCUAAGUAUGAUCCUGAGAAUUUCUUUAAGAACGAGCAGAGUAUUCCUCCUGUUCAUGUAAUGUAG